UGAGGAAGAGGAGGAGGAGGAAGAGGAGGAGGAGGACGCUGGUCCCUCGCAUCAGAGCUGCCGGACUCCACCUGUCGCGAGCGUCGUGUGUCCGAGUCCGGACCGAGGCUGUACCCCAGCGCAGCGCGGAGAGCGAGCGAGCGGAGUCGUGACUCGGAACAUGGAGCCGCAGCGCUGAGGACGGACGCGGAGCCCGAGACCGACGCUUCUCUCGGCGGAUGCUUUUAUCCGCAGUGCCUCCGCGGAGCACCAUGUCCAGACACCAGCAGCAGCAGCAGCAGCAGCAGCAGCAGCAGCGGACGCCGCUGAGAUUGACGGACAACGUGGUGGAGGUCAAGAGCAAAUUCGAGGCCGAGUACCGCCGCUUCGCCCUGAAGAGGAACGGUCCGGGGGGCUUCCAGGACUUCUACCGCCUGCUCCAGAAGAUCCACCGCAUCCCGGACUUGGAUGUGCUGCUGGGCUACGCCGACGACCACGGAGACCUGCUGCCCAUCAACAAUGACGACAACUUCUACAAGGCGGUGUCGUCGGCCAACCCGCUGCUGCGCAUCAUCAUCACCAAGAGAGAGGACGAGCCGGUGGUGUUCGGCACCAACUCGCUCCAGAGGCGUAAAAAGGGUCUGGGCCUCACCGGGCUGCGCAACACCAGCUCCGGCUCCACCCACUCCAAGAACAAGCCGGGCCUGAUGAUCGGGCUGCCGCAGAACUUCCGGCAGAUCUCCUCCAUCAUCGACGUGGACAUCCUGCCGGAGACACACCGCCGCGUGCGUCUGCACAAGCACGGCACGCACAAGCCGCUGGGCUUCUACAUCCGGGACGGGGUCAGCGUGCGCGUGACGCCCCAGGGCGUGGAGAAGGUGCCCGGGGUUUUCAUCUCCAGGCUGGUCCGGGGGGGUCUGGCCGAGAGCACGGGUCUGCUGGGGCUCAACGACGAGAUCCUGGAGGUCAACGGCAUCGACGUAGCCGGGAAGUCUCUGGAUCAGGUGACGGACAUGAUGGUGGCCAACAGCCACAACCUCAUCGUGACGGUGAAGCCGGCCAACCAGAGGAACAACGUGACGCUCCGAGGCGGGAGAGGCACCAUCGGGACCUCGGGCUCCGUGGGCUCCGCCGGGUCCGCCGGCUCGGCUCUGUCACACGACACGCCAAGCCCCGCCUCUCAAAGCAACCCCAUCACCGCAAGCAACAGCAUCGCCGAGGGCGACAGCGACGAGGACGAGGACGACGGCGACCUCAUCAUGGAGAGCGACCUCCUGAUGUACGAGUCCCACCGCCUGUCCAACAGCCACGACCUGAGCCGAGACCCGGCGAGCGGCGGGCCCCACAGCCACGCUCCGGCCAGGCCCCUCCCCCAGAGCGUCUCCAUGCCCGGCAGCAUAGGCGCCGCCCUCAGCGACCGCUCCAAUCACAACGGAAGCGCGGGCCACGCGGCCAGUCAGGAGAACCUGAGGGAGGACGGCAACGUCAUCACGCUGUAGUUCAGAACUGUGGACCAGACUGUGACCAAGCACCUUCACUUUACCUAAAGACGGCGCCCUGUCGCCGCGGAUCUUCCGUCUGUGGACCGUGUGCCUGACCCUGCAUGGACGUGACCUCGCCACCGGUGUCACCGCGGCGGCUUCUCCUCCUCAUUUUUCUUUCAAACGAACAGAAUGGAGCCAAAAAAAAUCAACAAGAGAAGAUGAAAAUGUAACAUGUAAUCGCACAUAUUUAUGUUCUGUAUUUGGCGGGAAAGUUCUAUCUGAGGUUGCUUUUUUUAUUUCUGUGAAGAAGAUUUUAAAGAACGUGUCGGAGUUCAGAGGGACCUGGAGAUCAAUCAGUCACAAAAUGGUCUUGAAUGAGCAGUGAAGUGGUCUCUCUGGGAGCGGCCCGGUCAGCCCAAGUCCAGCGGCGCGGCUCAUUGAACCACGCUACCUUUGUGGAUCUGUUGGACUCACUUGUUGGACUCGCCGCGUGGACUCACUCACUGGCAGACGUUCAGGUUCAGUCCUCUGCGCAUGCUAACGUUAGCAAGCAUAGCAUAUGAAAAGUGACGACACAAGCGACGACUUCCGGGUCAGAAAAUGAUUUUCUGUUUCAAGUUGUCAGGAAAGUGGUCAGAGACUUGGACCGAGGUUUAUUCAUGUGUGACACUGCAGUCGUUCACCAAAUCAUACAUUUAUGUUGGAAGCAAACUCAACUCCGAUCACAUGACUAAAUCCUGGAGAAAUCUUGUUGCUCCUCUCUUCUGGUCUUCUCGGCUAACCGAGGUCACGUGACCAGCUGGACUUCCUGACCCGCCCCGCGCUCAGGUCGUCGCGCCCAAUCAGCAUGGAACUCUCCUGAUUCGACUUUUUAACUUUCGUAUUUAAAGCCUUCUCCAGAGGUCCGUGUGAACGUGGCACCGAGUCUGAGGAGCUGGUAGGGAUUUUUAUUACUGUGUGGAUGGAUGUAGCGAAAUAAAGGCGACACCAAGACCCGCCUGACUUUUCGUGACGCACGUCUCUGAGGGAGCUGGCUCUGACCCAAGACCUCCUCCCAGGAGGCCCCAGAUGUUGUCGCUUCCACUUCCUCUUUCAUUCACCUCCUGCCCUGCUCAACUUUCUUCCUCCAGGCCCCUCCCUCUCCUGCCGCUGUCAGUCAACCGAAGGAAGGGCCUCACAACCCUGGUGAGACAAGCGCACGCUGCAUCAACACCGAUGUUGUGACGCUGAUGUCGAAGUCGGUGGUUGAAACGGUCUUUUGGUGGAGAGACGGCAGGAGGUGGAAGGGAGUGAGAGGAAGUGAGGAAAUUCCUGUCAUGUCUGAACCGUCCCAUCAUCCUGUAUGUGUGUGUGUGUGUGUGGAGGUAUUAGCUUACAGUCGGACCGGCUGGCUGACACACACACACACACACACACUGCUCUCUUUCAUUAUUACCCUCCGCCUCACUUCACCUCUGAGCUCCUGGCUGACGUUCAUUCAUGCUGCUCUCCCUCAAGGGAAGAGAGGGGGACACUGGGGGGAGCAGAAGAGGGGCUCAGUGACUGGACUCACCGGCGAAUAGAAACAGUCGGGGUCCAGUCAGUGCUGCUGGAGGAGACUGGAGUAACAGGAGGAGAUUCAACCUCAUGUUUUCCUCCAGGAGAAACAGUCCAGGCAGUACGAGUUCCUGCAGACAUGGAGUAGUACUCAGGGAGCUGUAUUUGUAACAGUCAAAGUAGCAGUUGCAGCAGCAGUUGUAGUUCUCAGAGUAGUAAUGGUGUGUGGGGUUGUAGUAGUGGUGCUAGUAAUUGUUGUAGUCAUAGAGGCCAUAGUUGUGGGUGUUGAUCAUGGUAGUCAAGUACCAGUAGGAGCAAAUAUGACGGUAGAGCAGUGCCACCAAGUUGUAGUAUUGAUAGUAGUAGUUGUUGCAGUUAAAGUACUAGUUACAGUUGAGGUAGCAGUCAAAGUUGUACAAGUAGUAAUGAUUCUGGUGAUAACUGUAGUACCAGAAGAAGUUGUAGGGAGUGAUGAUGGUAGUAGCUGUAGUCUAUCAAUACUCGUCAUACUUCUGGUAUUAUUUCUAUUACUACAAGAAGUAGUAAUGGAUGAUGUUGAAGUUCAGCAGUAUCUAUGGAGGAGCUCACAGUAGUCAGACCUAUGAUGAGGGCUGUGUACUCUGGGUGGCAGUCGUACUUGUUCUAGCCGAGGUUUUGCUUGGUGUGUUGUACAGUACAGCUGGUGUAGUUCUCCCUCCUCCAGCAGCUCCAGCAGGAUCACUGCUCUGCUCUGGACUCUGGACUCUGGACCCGGCGGAUCUGAGCGGCUCAGUCUGGAUCAGAAAUCUCUUGUGACUGACAGAGCAGACCUCCUUCUCUUGCGUCAUACAUUCUGGGCCCUGGUCAUAAUGUUUAGCGUUCGAGCUCCUAGCUCUGUUUUAUAUUUUACUUGUAUUUACUUUCUUUAUGAUUUGUUUCUCACUUUCCUCUGAGGUUGUUUUUAUCUCGUAUUUCAUGUUGUUUUAUUUUCAUAGUAACUGUUUUUAAAACUUUACUUCUUCAGUUAAUGACGGAUUUGCGCCGUGAAACUCCAGCAUUCCUCCCCGUCUCUCUCCAUCGGCCCUGAACUCAACAGUCUCCAGAGGUGAGGUGACGGUCCCGUGGCCUCAUGAAGUGCGAGCUUGUUCCCCCACACAGGCGCUCACACACCUGAGCUCCCGCCUGUGAGCCCGGACUUCCUGCAUGAGGAAGUCGGGCUUGACCCCAGACGCGACCCCAGCCCACAUCAGAGCCGCCACGCGCACGUCACUCACCCACCUGAAGGUCGCGUUUCCCCAGAGUGGAGCCGCAGAUGUUUGGGAUUAAACCUCCGAUUACUGCUUCACACCGGGCGCUCCGAGUCAUGGCCCAGACUUGAGUCAAGUUACUUGAAUUGUUAUUCUAAAUGAGUCAUUUUAAUUUGACUCAUCAUCACUGCACUCUGCCUCCCUCUAGUGGUUAAACACCUGCCCAGCAGGCUCGCUUGAAAAGCGCUUUCUACAAAAUAAGAUCCAAAUACCGAGGGACCGGAACAUUAUGACCACAUUGACAGAACCCACUCAUCACUAAACUGCUUGUCUAAGGUCACGUGUCAAAAUAUGUUCAGUCACUGCGAGGACAUUCACUUUUUAUUAGUGUGCGCGAUGGAAAAAAACAUAGAUGAUAUUCACAUUUAUGUACACGUGUCUGCCUUGAGCGCGCGCCUCAUCUCUCCUGGAGGAAUCGGAUCUGAAUGUUGUCGAUGCUGCUGGGUUUGUUGAGCCGCUUCAGCCGCUGGAUGCCUGCGCGCGCACACGGAGGCAAACUCUUCAUGAAACCAGUCAAUGAAACUGUAGCAUGAAAUGCUGGUGUUCGCCGCAAGAGGGCGCGGUCCUCGGACGUCUUCACGGCCGCCCAGUAGAUGGCGCUCGUGAUCGUCACGCUUACCUCUGAGGAGCAGGUACCAGGCAGGUGGGCUGGCAAGGUCCCGAUCCUGCGACACCAACCUCCUGCCGUCUGCGCCGGAGGGAGAGGGUGAGAGUCAGCUGAGUGUUCACUUGGUUCCAGAGCGUGAGACUCACGUUUGCCCUUCAGGUACAUCAUGGACUGAGGACCCCAGUGGAUGUUGAGCUGCAGAGGAGACAGUGGCGGUUGCUGGAGACCAGUCCAAAUAACUGGGCAGGGCUAACUGGGUUCCAGUUCGGUUCAGAAGUGAGCCAUGUGUUUCAGAUGCUUAGGUUUAGGGGGAAGCGAUGAGAGGUCCCCACAAGGAUAGAGACACAGACGUGUGUGUGUGUGUGUUACCUUCUGUGUGAGACAAGAGUGUAGCAGCAGCGAGAGGAUCAGGGAGCUUGUGCACACGGCUGCAGUGUUCACCAUCUGGAAGAGAAACCAUCUCCAGUCAGGCACAUGAACAUCCGUGUUCCUCUUCUCCAGGGUCAGGUCGCGGGGGCAGCAGCAGGCGUGAAGAGCUCCAGAAACUUCCAUCUGAUCUGAAACCACAGCUCUCCCAGUGUGUCCUGCGUCUGCCCCGGGGCUUCCUCCCAGGUGAGCGCCUCGCUAGUCCAGGAGUCAUCAGCACAGGUUCUCCUCCGAGUCUCUCCUGGAUGGCUGAGCUUCUGGUCUGAAACUCUGGUUCUCAGGGUCCCUCCAAAGCUGGAGAAACCCACGAGUCUGAGGAGAGCUUUGUCUCCUGGCUCAGCUCUUCCUCCACCACAGACAGAGUCCUGAUCAGGGCCUUCAAAUGGCUGCCAGGCCAGACCUUGGACCCCCCGGUUCAAGAAUCAUUUACAUGUAAUCGAACUGGAGGAACUCAGGAGGAGGAGACGCGACCACGUCAGGACGAGAGAGAGACGGAGAGAAGACUGACACACGCGAGGUGAACAUGGUUCAGAACACGGACUGGGACUGUGAAUGACAACACACACUCCACACUCACCAUCUCCGGCUUCUCUCCGCUCCAGUCAAGCGAUUGUGGGUCUCACCGAGGUUCCGAGCGGCUUAUAAAGCCGGGCCGCGGCGGGGGUUCGGCCCUGGCCCCCGGUGAGUCCCGGCAGGGCUCCUGUUUACUAGCGCUGGACUGGAACAUCACAACAACACUGGCUGACGUCACGGCCGUGAUCUGCUCUCCGGAACAUUGAUAGCUGCCUGUGACUCCAGCUGGACCACGAGCUGUUGACCCGGAGAGGCUUCCCAGAAACGACACACCCGCCGGACACUUCCGAUCCUCCCACACAUGAGGUCAGAGGUUGCAGGGGGCUGUCCCAGCGAGUCGGGGUGAGAGACGGGAGGCACGUCUCUUGACAAACACACACUUUAAUGACGGACCACCGCUGUAACAGUCGCCGCCACCGCUGUUGAUGGAGACAGCGCGACUGGAGUCACUCUCCUGGAAUGGAUUGUUUCUCAUCGAUGUUUCGACUCCGGGAACUGUCAGACGUGGCUCUCACUUUGGCUGGAAAACAUCCUCCUCGUUCACCUGAGAGUUUGGAAUCAAUCAAAUUAAAAACACUUCGGUGUGAGUGUGUUCGACACCUGAGUAUCAGAAUCAGAAUAGAAUUUAUUGAUAUGGUCAGUGGGGGUUCCACCAACUAGGAUUAUUAUAGUAUGAGAGCGAAAUACAAAAAAGAAAAAUGAAAUUAAAAAAAGCCUGGUGCCUCGGUUUUCGAUCGUCUCAGUAUUCAAACAAAAAUUUCUAGAUUUUUUUGCUUGAACGAAAAUUCAGAACUGGAACGCCCCCGAAAAAAGCUGGAAAAAACAUAACGUGCGCGGACCGAUCAGCCGACCCACGACGCGCUUUGUUAUUGUGUAUAACGCAGCCUCUGUAUGUAGACGUGUCCCGUUAGCUCCAUUUACUGACUGUUUCUUCUUCAUACUGAGGUGUAAAACCUUUCCUGUCUCCACACUGGACCGUGGUAGAGUGUCACAGGGGAGGUGCUGGAGCGCUCACUCCAGGGUUUGAUGUCCUGUUGUGGGCUGGAGCUGGGACAGGGAUGAGGCCAGUCUGGGACAGAGCGUGACUUGGUUUAUGACUUUGUCACAGCCAAACUGCACAGAAGCGCACAUUCAGAGCUGGACACGCACCGGGCACCUCUUCCCUUCUGGAGAGACGUCACUCACUCGGCAACCCCUCCCACAUGCAGCGGCCACACACAUAGAGGAACAGCCACCUGCAGCAGACACUCGACAUUCACUCCUACAAAAGACUAUUUUAAGGCUUGGAACGCAUUAGUUCUUUUUCCAUUCAUUGUCAUGGGAAAAAUCGAUUCAGAUUGCGAACAAAUCGCUUCUGGAACGGCCGCCUGGAACGGAUUGUGGUCGAGAACCGAGGUACCACUGUAUAAUGACAAUAACAAAAUUAAAAAAUAAUGUUUUCAGAGUGAUCAUCUGUUGUUUACUAGACAAUCUUUGGCGCCCACCGCGUCAUCAUCCUGUUGAUAGAAACCAUCUCCCACAUGCAGUCAAAAGUGAACUUGGAUUAAAACUAUUCCCAGACGGUCCUGCUGCCCUUGUAUCCAGGACUUCCACUGGGUCUUUGUGAGUCGCUCAGGAUCACCCGGCGGGAUCCCCAAUCCAUUGUCCCGAGACGUCCCUCAGGACCUCCUCAACAGGGUGGUGUAUCGAUGCCCCGCCAGAGAUGUGAGCUGAUGUCAGAGACACCUCCAGAAUCAGAUCUUCGGCUCCAGGAUGGGAUGGGUCCACGGCGUGGGGACAUUGAGGACAGUGCACGUCCAGACAGAAAACAACCAGGAUCACGACAGAGGAGAGAGGGGUUCGCUGACCUGCGGCACAUUAAGGGUUGGCAAGUUCGUCGGAUGUCACGGAGGACGGCAGGCUGUCCAAGGCUCCCAUCUCUGCACAGCAGAAACAUGCAGCAGUUCAAUCCUGACGUGCAAAUGAUCGGCGGGAAAAUACCUUUAAGUUUGAGGUACGACAGGAAGUCGAUGACAGUGUGGAUGAUGUCUUCAUCUGCUAUCCUGAGGGCACCUGCGGGCCGAAGCAGCACAGACGUUCAGGUCUUCACCCUCACAGUCAUGACAUGAAUUGACACGACAAAUGUUUAAGAGGAGAAGUGAUUGCUCCUUUGAGUUUUUGAUGUGAUUUUGAACCUGAUGAAUGGAAAGCUCACAUAUAAUCCCAAUUCAAACCGUCUGUUUGAGGAAGUGUUGGAAGAGGAUGCUCCGAUCCGUCUUUUAUGGACCCGACACCGAUAUUGACACCUGGGCUUUGGGUCAUUGGUUGAAUUACAAAAUUACUGUAGACAGAUCAUGAGAAGGUGUGUCUCAAAAAGACGCGUGAAAGAGAAGUGAUGGUGAAAAAGAAGAAUAACAAACGGAUCUAUGAAUAAUAUAAAGACAGAAAAGAUAUGUUUGCAUCAGCUGCGUGUUUAUUUUGACAGUGGAUGUUCUGGGAAAUUCCUGUGCGUUGUCUGACAGAACAGCCGUGAAGCAGUGAGUUGUCCGCUGUCGCAUGAUGAUCUGAGAACAAUGUUGCUGAUGACGUUAAAGCUCGAUGCGAAAGCUUCAUUGAUGGAUGACCUCUAACUUUUUUUUUGUGGCAGGAGCUACAGACCUGUCCUGAAGUCCUCCUCCUGGCCCAUGUCUCUCUUCCCGGCCAGGCCCGGCUUGUCUCCCAGGCUCCUGUGUCCAUCUAUGCCAUCUGGACAACAGGAAGAUCCUCCGCUGCAGUUUCUACCUUGGACAGCGCCGAAAACCCCAGAUCUGUCCAGUUACGUGCCUCUAUUGAAGUGGAACAGUUGCUGCUGCCAUGAGGCCGACCAUGCAGACAGCUGUGAGACGUUUCUUUUUUCCUUAGUGCUUUUUUUACUUUUACAUUUAAUUAUUAGAUUAGUUGGCCUUUAUUGUACGUGUAAGUGGUAUUCCAAAUAUAAGUCUAUUUAUUUACAUUUUUAUAUCAUGUGUAGAAUUCCUUGUUGGCUUUUUUUUUGUAUAUUUUGGUAUUUAUGAAUUUGUUAAAAAAAAUAGCCUAUAACGUAAAGCAAAAUAUAUAUGAAUGUAUAUAUAAAUUGAAAUUUAAUUAUGCAUUUUUUAUAUAAUGUUUUUGUUUUAUACUUAGCUAUACCUUAUUUAAAAAUACCUUUAACAACUUAUUAAUAAAUACAUAUUUUGCUUUAUAUAUAUAUAUUUUUUCAUAAAUAUCUAAAUAUACAAAAAAGGUAUCAAGGAAUUGAGUCUUGUUUAACUGAAUAACUGAAGCACUAAAAAUAUAAAUCAACAACUCUCACGAUGAAAAGUGUGAGAUAAAAUGCAGACGCCAUCUUUGUUCUGUUGUAGUGGCAGACCGUGCAGGUGGCCUCUACUGCCACCUUGUGUUUGUUUUUGGCUAAUGCAUAGCGCUAAAAUGCCCAGAUCUGCUUGUCUACAGGUUACUAAUUGUUUUAUAAAAAUAUGGAAGUAAAAUAUACUAAUUCAUGUUUGUUUACUUUAAAUGAUGCAUAAAGUGCAGUAAACAAAUAUAUAAAUAUAAAAUUGUGAUGUUGAUAUCAAUGAAAGGAUGUACUUUGUGAGCUGUUAAAAAUGUUAUGACUCAAUUUUAAAUGAAUAAGUAAUCAUUAUUUCUUCUAAUACAGAUAUUUAAUACCUUAAAUGCAUGUGUUUGUGUGUGCGCUUGUGCGCAGUACUUACGGGGACCUAACAGGUAUCCAGCGCUGUUGAGGGUCCAGCCUCGCUUGUCCUUCGCCUGCACAGCAGAGGAAGCAUCAGAGCGUCAAGUGAAGCAACAAAUGAAUGAAUGAAUGAGCCGUCAUUCUGUAAGGCGCUUCAUUUGAAUUCCUACUGAUGUUAGUGCUGCCUCCUGCUGGCCAGCGCUGAGAGUCACAGGCUCUGCAGUGUCUGGUCAGGUGUUGACAGUUCAAACUCAGCUUCUCACUGCUGUGCAUGCAACAAGUGGCUGCCUGUUGGCUGGUGCGACGUCAUGAAGGGCGUCUGAGCUCAACGGAAAUGAUGACUUUUUGUGUUGAAGCUGAAAGUGUUUUUAUGCUGGGGGCGUGUCCUCCCAGUCGGGCCAGACAGCAGGUCCGCAUCUGUCUGUCAGGGCUGAGUGUCUCAGCCACACCCACCGUUCUGAGCGUGACGUUGGGAGAGCUGCGCAAAUUUCCCAAAAAGUAAUGAUUCAUUUAACCAAGCCGUCUAGCAUUGUUUCUGCGGAGACGGAAAUGACCGAAUUUCUGCAAGGUUUUUCUUUUUUUAAUUCCUCGAUAUAUAUAAAAAGGUGCCUAAAUUAUAAUGGUGUCGUGGUUCAUUUUUUCACAGCAUGUACACAGAUGGUCUCAUCACCAUUUUGAUGACAAAUUGAGAGUCAAUCCAUAUGAUCAGUAUCGGUUAUCGGCAGCAAAAAUCCCGGUCGGAGCCUCCCGGGUUUGUGGUCCAUGAUUGGAGUGUAGCAUGGAAAUGUGACGCUGCUGUCAAGUACGAACUUGUCGCCUCUGCAUCAGACUGAAGGAUUUUUCUUUUGAAAGAAGCUCUACUCAGAUUUUUUUUCUCCAAUUGUAACUUGAUUUGUGUUUUAUUUAUUUGCUCAGAUUGUUAUCUUUUCUAAACAAUCAACUUCUCCGGAGUUCCCGAGAUUUUCCCACUUUCAGUUGCUGAACUGUCGAUGUACUUGAGUUGGCAGGAAACCAGUGACACCUAGUGAUGGAGCUCUCAGGUAAAGAGAGUAACAGGAUGUCAUUCCUCAGAAAUAUUCAUACAUUCAUCACCCGCCACCUCCUCCCUUUAACAAAAUAUAACUUCUGAAUUUUAAAUACUACAGUUUUUACUUAAUAGUUUUGCCUUUCGUUCAGCUGGAGUUAAGAAAAAAUGAUUUGUCUUUUAACUGCACUGAAAGGUGCAGGGAUUUACUUAAUUGUACAAUAUUAGAAACAGAAUACUGGCACUGAAAACAGACUUCAAUAUUUCAUUUUGUCAAUGUCUUUUUUCCCCUAUAUUCAAAGUGUGUUUUAAAUCAUUUAGUGACAGAGUUUUGUGUUUAGGAGCGGAAGUCUUACCGCGAUGACCAGCCCGAUGGUCUCAGACAGACUUGCACAGACGAUGAGCGACACGCAAAAAAUCCCAAAGCUCCUCUGCAUCUGUGAAGGAAAGUUACAACAUGCUGAAGCGUCUUCUUCACUUCAACAGGGAGGAAAUGCUGUCUCUUACCUUUGAAAGGAAAGUGUGUGUUGGUGUUUCCUCGCGUCGACUCUCAAGGUGUGUAUGUGUGUCUGAGUGGAGACAUGAGAGAAUCCAGCCACCUUUUAUUCCCACUCGCGCUCGAGAGCGCUCACAUGCACGAGCGUCAGCUGCUCCCCACCGACUUCAGGGACACGUCACUGACGGGCGAAGUCACUUUCAUCACUGGGGAGAGGCUUGAGAUGAGUUGGGCAUGACAAUCAUCAGUUUCAGAGAACAAAAGUCACUGCAAAUAUAAAUAUAUAUAUUAAUAAUAUUCAAUAUUAUUAUAAUAAAUAUAUUCUCAUUUUAUAAAACAGAGGUUUUGUUCUGACCUGGCAGUUGCAUAUGAAGAUUCAUACCUCAGAUGUUUAAAACAAGUGUUAUUAACUCCUACAUCUGGAUCAUGAUAAUCUGGAUUUGAACCGCUCAUUGGACAGCGCUAAAAAUGAAAAGAAAUGAAAACUGAGUUUAUUACAAUAUUCAAUUUAUUUUGGUUUAAUGAUUUAUGAUUGACACCUAAAUGAUGAAUGAUUUUAAUAGUCGGAUAUCAAACUUUUUAAUGGCGGUUUCAGACAUCCUGUUCCCCAAACUACAGAAGCUGGAAUCAGACUUUGUCUUCACUUCAACCUUCACCCAGUCUUGCCUCAACCUGGAUCUGAACCCCCGUCCUGCAGCACUGACCGCUGCACCACUGUGCUGUGCAGACGAUGAAGUACAGGCUUAAACUGUCAACUGUGUUAGUAUAGAUCCACAUUAGAGGAUGAAACGCUGCUGUUCAACCUCGGGAGACUUUCAGGGUUCAGCACAAAUUUGAGGAUCAAUUCCAUGACAGAAUUCAGUGAUCUGUUCUCCAGCUGACGUCAGCUUCAGAGUCCUCAUGUUGCGGAUUAUCGUGGUGUUCCAUGUGUCAUUGACUUCCCGUGUCUUCACAGCACUUCAGAUAAGUGGUCACACUUCGCUCUGGUCUUCCCGGCAACACCUGAGCGUCGAGAGGAGUCCUGACGAUUUCCUGUCAGCGACGGUCAGACGUGAUGAGCUGUCCGAGCACAGACCCGCGGGUGGCACCAUCACUCCCAGAACAAGAGUGCAGCCGGGAAGAAGGUGUUCGCCCGGUCACGCAUCCAUAUAGCAGCUGGAUGGAUCAAACUUUAAUUUGCCAUGGACAACAGCGAACCUCGCCUGACUGGCCGCGCUCGUCCUGACGUCAUCACCACAGCACAGGAGCUGGUCUUCACCUGGCGCUACAUCUCGCUGGAUUCACUUAGGAUCGGUCCGAGUGUCACGCUGGUGCUCUGGCUUGUGUCCGGCCCGGGACCCUGCUGUCAGCUGUAGACCUCUCAAUCCGGUUAGCACGGCCAUUAUGAAAAGGUCUGCUGUAUAAACCAUUGACCCGUCUGGAUCCACGUCUUCAAAUCAGCUUUGCUCAGAGAGGGAUCACUACGGCAAUGGUGCAGCUUCAUCACUGAUCUCUCUCUUUCUGUUUUGCAUGGAGCUCCAAUUAUAUCGAGCGAGAGGAAGCACAUCUUUAGGGAUUACUGAGGUUUUAAAAAAGAAAUUGUGGCUCUGCACUGUAACAUCCAGGGAAAGCUGUGGUUGGUUCAAAAAAGUGUAUUGAAUUUAAUUUUCAUUUUGUAAUUAAAACGAAUGACAUAUACCUAAAAUGGUAUUUGAAUAUAGUUUCACAUCAAUUUUAUUGAAGGAUUCUGAGUGUAAAUCAGAAUAUCUUGGUCACAAAACUGUCACAUAUACCUAUCAUAUAAAGGCACUUUAUCAAAUGUAUUUUGGAAAAUGUAUUUUGAGCAAGUCAAAAUACAAAAAAUGUAAAACAUGUUGGCUGUAAUGAGUAAUAGUUCCUGGAUAUUUUGGAUUGUAUUUGUCCUCACUCGGUCCUUCUGCCUCCCAUUAGUGCAGCGUGGCCUGCAGCAGCAGACCUUCUGAGCAGGACGGCGCUUCUGCAGCAGCUUCAGUCCUGGAGUCAGGCGGACGACACACCGUGACAGCCACAGACACACACAGCAGAACAGACUCGCAACCUUUUGACAAAACGAGUUCUCAUCUGAACGCGGGUGGGCCGAGGCCUUCAGUUGAGAUUUAACUGCUGGUUUCAUCUAAUGUCUCCUGACGCCUCUGUUGGUGAAUAAAUCCACAAAUAUUUGGAAUUAAUUCACAAUACCUGGCGGUUUUUAUAAUUUUAACUACCUAGUUUAUAAAAUGCUGCAGAUAUUUGCUUUUUAUUUCAUCCUAUAUUCAACAAUGUUUAUGUAUUUAUAUACGCUGUGAUUUAUUGUUCAUGAUUUCAAAAAACGUCAAAGUGCCGAAACCCGGGACCUUUAGAUCUUCAGUCUAACGCUCUCCCAACUGAGCUAUUUUGGCUCGUUUGCUGUGUGUAGCUCAGGGCCGGGUCGUGGGGGCAGCAGCCACUGAAAUGGGGGGCCAUUUAUUUUUUGCAUUUGUAUUGUUAUUAUGGCAUUCAGUUGAUUGAUUGAUAUCAUGUUUUCCCUCCUUUUUAUUGUCCAUUAUUCAUUGAUCUUGUUUGAUCCUUUUUAAUUUAACCAUCAACAAAGGCGGAAAGAAUCCCUUCAGUUGCAAACCGUGUCCUUAAGAAAGACAGUGAAGACCAAAAUGUACUGGUCAAACUAUGUGCUUCCUGUGUCACCACUUUCCAGCGGUCACUGCCGGCCUGAAUCAUGGCAGGUAAUAGGUCUCCCCAGGUGACCCCCUUCCCCCUCAUCUUCAAAUGCUCACCUUGCUAUUGUGGAGAGGAAGCUUGAGGAUAAUGUCCUUUGUGUUGGUGCAAAUCCUACACUAGCACUUAGCGCCGCACGUCAUUAGCAUUUAGAGAGACGGGAUCAGCCCGGGAUCCACACACUCUUGAGAUCCGUCAGAGGUCCUAAGACCCACACUCACAAAAGCAUGGACCAGAAUGAAAACAGAUUUCAUAUUACUGUUCUAUUUUGGUUGAAUGGCCUGCCUGCGUCACAGCGGAUCUUCAGGGUGACGGAGCGGAGGGGACAUCAGGACGACGGCUUACGUGAGUUCCUCUCCGAUACCUGUUCCUCUACACACCUUCAGUUGUGACUGCCCUUUGGCAAGGUGCUUUCAAUGCCACUUUAUUUACUCUCUUUAUGUUCACUUCGUCAUGUUUGGUUCCCAGUUGAGAGACCCCCAUCGUCUUGACUCACCCUCUCAACCCCACCAUGGUCCAGGUUAGCGUUGGACCUGAUCUUACCUCCUCCAGUGAGGUUCAGCCGGGCGCUCCAAAGUCCAGGCUUCUAUCUUGUGGCCAUUUUCUGUCUUUCUUUUCCCAACCUAAGAGGUUCUUCAACCACACUAAUGUCUCGUGCGGCUGGGAGAGCGUGAGACAGAAGCCCUGCUUCAAUCCUGGAGCAUGACAGUUUGCUGCAGUGGACAACAAACUCUCUACUUGCAUCUGGAUUGAGCUGCGAGUGAUGGGUUUCUCAUGAUUCCUUUCGUCGGUGGGAGGCUCCAUUGCCUCAUCCAACUCUUGUUUACGACGGUAUUUAAAGGGCCUUUAUGUGAGACUGAAGUAGGAACAAGAAUUCCUUUCAUUCAGUCUUUCAUUCAGUCUGUCCAAAAAAUGUAAUGUGCUGACAACAGCCCACUCUUGUGAUGUCAUCGAGGCUGCUUCUUGCUUGGUGCAACACUGCUUGUCGAUACAUGAUCAGGUCCGCUGCCUGCUCAGUGGAGCACGUUCCACACACUUCCACCUUUCAGUGUAAAAAGUCGAAGGACAUUGUUUAUCUUUCUCUCCGAGCCUCAACACCGGAUCAGAUGAAUCCUCAUCGAGGCGUUGUGACGACUGCUGCCACAAGUGCGUCACAUAACUCCUCGAGCGAAUCGUGUUCUUAACGGCUCGUAUAUGUUUAAUGACAGUGUCGACCACAGACCCUUGAAAUGACGGACGGCCGUCGUCACCUUCUGUUAUUACAAGUACGUUCAAAUUACACUUAAUCACUGGUCAUUAAGGCCAUCUUCAAACGAAGCCGGCGUCCGGACACAAUGGCGCGCUGCAAUUAUGUGUCAUUUGGGAGAGGACGGAAUAAUGAUGCUCUUCUCUUUGCUUGCGAGCAUAUUUACGACGUGGCCCUUGUUCUUCUCUGAAGCGGCCGCCACAGAUGGAUUGAUGGAGAAAGUUGGCAGCGAGGCCCGGUCUGUCGUCUGCAUGGACCGUCUUCACCAUGGAGUGGAGUCACUUCUUGUGUGACUCCGAUGUCUCGGUUCGUGCCCUUUACACAGCACGUGUUGAUGUGUCUUCUGUGUUGCUCUCACAGGGAAGAGGGAGAAGAAGCGAGUGAAGUUAACUGUGGCACCUUUGUGUGAGAUAAUUAUGGUUAUUUGUGAUGGAUCUGUCCGCGACUUAUGAAGCUUCUGGGCCUCUGAAUAGAAGUGAACGUUCAGUCGUGGUGAGUCUCUCCUCAGUGCUCGAUACACUCCCAGCUCUUCUUAGUUCUUAAAGGCAUGGUGAUGCGUUAGGUCUCAUGGCGACAGAGUCAUGACAAGCCAACCGAAAGGUCCCUGGUUUGAUGCCUUCGGCAGCGCCGCUGAGCCUUUAGCCCAACAUGGUCUCUGUCUCACCCAGUUCAGUUACCUGGCUUACAAACCUUUCCAAUCAGCUGGUGAAAGUGACUGUUGAGAGGCAUCUUAAACGCUGCUGCCAGGUCUAAUGCUCUCCCAACUGAGCGCCUUCAUAUAUGCUGACGAUACCUCGAUGUGGUUCCGUGUUAGUGUAUGUGUUGUGUGUCCCUGUAUGGACCACUGAUCCACAACUCUUGGUGACAUCACUCGCUUCUCAACAACAGUCUUUCCCCGGUCCAUGUAGCAAACAGCAGACAAACACCACGACCACUCACUCGAUCCAAGUCUCGUCCUGGAUCAGAACCUUGUCUUCUCUGGAGCUGCCGCCGCAGAAGACAGAGUUGUGACAUUCUCCCACCUUCACGACCGUGGCCCUGCUGUGACCCGGUCGUCCAGUCAAGAUCUAAAAUAGUCAUUCAUGCCAAAACCCGGGGUUGAACCAGGGCCCUUUAGAUCUUCAGUCUAACGUUCUCCCAACUGAGCUAUUUCGGCUUGUUCAUACCAUUCUUUCAUUCAACAGAUGGCGCUCUGUCCUCCAUCUAAACUCCAAAAACUAGUUUGGUAGCAACCGCAGACCCUUCUCCUAGACCAGAACUGUAGCUCGAACGUCUCAGCAUCCACUUUGACUCUUUGACUCACUUGCAUUUGACCAUCAAAUGAAAUAAACACCACUGUUUGCUUCAGUGACAAUGAUCUUCAUCUUAACCUGUGUUAUUGUCCAUCCGUCUCACAGGCUCAUCCUAAAUGCUAACAUAAAGUAGAGUUAGUUUGGUGUUGUUGUCAACACUGAUAAGGACAUCACUUCAUUGGAGUCGAUAAAAACUUGAAUGACAAAAAAUGUCACAUUCUAAAAGACAUUUUACUUGGAUUUUAUUGUUGGGUUUGCUUGUUAACUGAUAAUAUGGUGUUUCGUCUGUAUUUAUGCUUCUAUAUUUCAAGUGUUUCUGUAUUUCUGCAUGUGUGUUUUGUGCGCUGGAUACACAAAUGUCGACUGUUCUCGAUUGAAAGAGCAAGAGAAGAAGCGAACAAACGUGACUGUGCAGCGCAGAACGUUAACAUGUGUCUGCAUUGCCGCUCCUCGCCUGCAGUGGGCAGUAAACUCACAAACGCGCUCGGUGACCGCAGCGGUGGGGUUGUUUGAACCUUCGCGCUUGCCGUCACCGGAAGUUCUCGUGUGGUAGCGUAACACAACAGCAAUUGUGAUUCAGCGUCCGAAAUACUCUUCUUGUCCCCCGGUAUCGACAAUAUAAAAACACGUGGUAUUAUUGCAGUCUGCUACAGCGAAGUA